CGUCCGACGACUGAAUCUGAGCCCCAUAUUACCCCGAGUUUCCGUCGCAGGCGGCGAGGAGAGGCUUCUUGGCCGGGUCCGGGUGCUUGGCGGCGGCGGCUUCUUCCCCGCUCGUCCUCCCCGGGCCCGGAGACACCCCCGCCUCAGUCAUGCUGAGCAGAGUAUGGAAGCAGCUGACUACGAAGUGCUAUCCGUGCGUGAGCAGCUGUUCCACGAGAGGGUCCGCGAGUGCAUUAUCUCAACACUUCUGUUUGCGACACUCUACAUCCUCUGCCACAUCGCCCUGACCCGCUUCAAGAAGCCCACUGAGUUCACCACAGUGGAUGAUGAAGAUGCCACAGUCAACAAGAUUGUGCUCGAACUGUGCACCUUUACCCUGGCGGUUGCCCUGGGUGCUGUCCUGCUCCUGCCCUUCUCCAUCAUCAGCAAUGAGGUGCUGCUCUCUCUGCCUCGAAACUACUACAUCCAGUGGCUCAACGGCUCCCUCAUCCAUGGCCUCUGGAACCUUGUUUUUCUCUUUUCUAACUUAUCCCUCAUCUUCCUCAUGCCCUUUGCAUACUUCUUCACUGAGUCUGAAGGCUUUGCUGGCUCCAGAAAGGGUGUCCUGGGCCGAGUCUACGAGACGGUGGUAAUGUUGAUGCUUCUCACUCUGCUGGUGCUGGGCAUAGUGUGGGUGGCAUCAGCCAUUGUGGACAAGAACAAGGCCAGCAGGGAGUCACUCUAUGACUUCUGGGAGUACUACCUCCCCUACCUCUACUCCUGCAUCUCCUUCCUCGGAGUCCUGCUGCUCCUGGUUUGUACUCCACUAGGUCUCGCCCGCAUGUUCUCGGUCACUGGGAAGCUGCUGGUCAAGCCCCGGCUGCUGGAAGACCUGGAGGAGCAGCUGUACUGCUCAGCCUUUGAGGAGGCAGCCUUGACCCGCAGGAUUUGCAAUCCCACCUCCUGCUGGCUGCCUUUGGACAUGGAGCUGGUUCACAGACAGGUCCUGGCUCUGCAGACACAGAGGGUCCUGCUCGCUUCCCAUCCCUGCACAGAGAAGCGGCGGAGGGCUUCCGCCUGGCAGCGGAACCUGGGCUACCCCCUGGCCAUGCUGUUCUUGCUGGUACUGACGGGCCUGUCUGUACUCAUUGUGGCCAUCCACAUCCUGGAGCUGCUCAUUGAUGAGGCUGCCAUGCCCCGGGGCAUGCAGGGUACCUCUCUGGGCCAGGUCUCCUUCUCCAAGCUGGGCUCCUUUGGUGCUGUCAUUCAGGUUGUACUCAUCUUUUACCUGAUGGUCUCAUCGGUUGUGGGAUUCUACAGUUCUCCACUCUUCCGGGGCCUGUGGCCCAGAUGGCACGACACAGCCAUGACGCAGAUAAUUGGGAACUGUGUCUGCCUUCUGGUCCUGAGCUCAGCACUUCCUGUCUUCUCUCGAACUCUAGGGCUCACUCGCUUUGACCUGCUGGGUGACUUUGGACGCUUCAACUGGCUGGGCAAUUUCUACAUCGUGUUCCUCUACAAUGCAGCCUUCGCGGGCCUCACCACUCUAUGUCUGGUGAAGACCUUCACCGCAGCUGUGCGGGCAGAACUGAUCCGGGCCUUUGGGCUGGACAGACUGCCAUUGCCUGUCUCCGGUUUCCCCCGGGCAUCUAGGAAGACCCAGCACCAGUGACCUCCAGCUGGGUGUGGGAGGGAGAAAACUGGACACUGCCAUCUGCUGCCCAGGCCUGGAGGGGUGGGUGGACCUCAGGACCUGGAAUCUGAGAGGGUGGGUGGCAGAGGGGAGCUGAGCCGUCUGCACUGUCGCAUAAUCUGAGCCAGAGUUUGGGACCAGGCCCCCCCCCCCGCUUUUCCAGAUUUAACCAUGGGCCCCAGUGUGGGGUGGGGCUGCGUGACUGGGUCUGGCUCCUGGUCCCAAACGUGUUUACACAUCAGUCUGCCUCACUGCUGUUUCGGGCCAUGCCCGUAGCCAUGUUUACAUGAUUUGAUGUGCAAUAGGGUGGGGUGGGGACAGGGGAGGGACUGGGCCGGGGUGGACUUGGGAGGUGGAUUGUCUCCCUUGCCUCUGGCCCAGCAGAACCUAAGCACUGUGCUGUCCUAGAGGGGUUUUGGACUACCAGAGAGAUGAGGGCAUAGGGAGGAAGAGGCCACAACUAUCAGCAAUAAAGUUGAUCCAGGGUUUGCUUUGGUUUUUUAAA